AGACAUUGCACAGUGUUGUAGUCCAUGAGCGACACAGGGGACACCGGAGAGGACGACCGCAGGAUCUUGCGAUCUGCCAGAGGCCCGUUAACUCACGUGUCCCUAGGACCGGAGGGUGAUAGGGAACUGUUCCGCCGACAGAGGGAGAGGAGAGCUAGAGCAGUCGAGGCCAGCAAAACCUUAAUUGGUGAGGCUGGUGCUACAGCAGCCAUGGCUACAACAGCCAUGAGCACGUCUGCGCAACAGACUUCUCAAGCCGGUAGUUCAGGUACCGCCGGGUCCACGGUCGCACAGGCCGUGAGUCAGUCCAGUGGCUUAAUGGCAAGCCAGCCCGCGGUGUUGACCCCAGAGGAUGUCGCCAUACAGCAGGCAGCCCUGCAAGAGGCACAGCUACAACAGGCCUUAGGACAGAUAAAAAGAGAGAAGGAAAUGAUGAUUAGAAGAAAAACCAGGUUGCAACGAAGAGUGGCAGACAUAGAGGAGUUAGAGACGAUGGACCUGACGCAUAUGGAUGAGGAUGUGAAGGUAGUUAGGAGGGCCCUGCUAGGCGUAAUUGAGAUGCAGGAGCAUCAAACUACCAUCCUUCAGGACAUUCAACAAAGCCUAGCCGUGUUGGCAGGCCAUGCUCAGGCAGCACCAUCACCAGCAGGGCCUGGUGCCUGGCCCGUGCCAUAUCCUCCUUUUUCUGUCCCACCGGUGACAGGGGUAUCCCCAUAUGUAGCCCCUUCAACGGUUGCAAUAGUUUCCCUGGGCAUGCCGCUAUCAGGAGGGGUAACAGCAGGGAGUAGUUUACAGGUUCCUGUACAGACAGUGUUUACUCCAAGUCCGCCACAGGUUGCAGUCACCACGCAGCCUGCUGUCUCGCAGUCAGUGCAGCCUCAGGGCACACAGCCCCAGCAGCUAGCACAACAACCUGUAUCAUCGGGUCCACAGCCCGGGGUGGUGCAGGGACCGGGACAAAAUCAGUGGGUUCCAAAGACGACCGUCGCCGCUCCCAAACCUUUUACAGGGGACAAGAAAGGCGAAGACCUCGACACUUGGUUGAGGGCAGUGUCGGUCUACGUCAGGUGUAAACUCACCUUGCCACACGAAGAAGUGCUUGUGGCUGCUUCCUAUCUAGAGGGUAGUGCAGCAAGAUGGUUGAGUGGGUUAGUGCAACUCCAGGGGUACGGUCAUGACUUCCGCUCCUGGGCAGCCUCUCAGAAAUUGGAGGACUUCCUGAAAAUGGUGGAAGAGAGGUGGCAUGAUCCUCAGGAGGCUCAAAAGGCCACUGAUGCAAUCUUGACACUGCACACGCGGCAGUUUAAGUCAGUAAGGGAUGCCACCGACGCUGUAGAGCAUUUGAUUUGUGUUCCAUGGGUACGCUAUGAUCCCCAGGUCCUGUUAACUUCGUACUUGAGAUGCUUAUCUCAGCCUCUCAGGAACCAGUUGGCAAAAGAGGCCAACAUCAAUAUGCACAACUUUCCUUCGUUCAGCAAGGUAGCCCUAGACCUUGAGGCAAAGAUAGGGCAUGGACAGACACCCACUACGGAAGGCAGAAAGAAGACACUGCCUCCUAACUGGAAAGCGAAAGGUCGCAUCAUGUUUGUCGACAACGAUGGAUCAACCAUCGAGUUGGAUGGCAACUUCCAGGAGGGAGUAGGUGCAGAGGCGGGUGGCGAAACUUCAGAGGGUGGAGUAGUCGCCACCGUAACCCAGCAAAAAGGUAAAGGGACCGGUAGACGCCCUAGGGGAUCCCGGUCGAAGAGUCAAACAGACCCCAACGCUCCUCCAUGGGAGAAAGCGGGUCUAUCAGAGGACGUGUGGAGAGAUCGGUGGGCCCGGCAAGCUUGUAUCAAAUGUGGUCAGUAUGGUCAUAGCAUGUACAAGUGCCGAAACAGGAAGGUCACUGAGAAGAUCCCGCCUACGAUGGGGCCGGCGGUAGGAUCCUCCACUCCCGUUGGUAGUAACGUUGCCAGUUCUUCAGGCAGCGCUCCGGGAAACACGUACGGUCUGUACGAGUUUGUGGUGAUGCCUUUCGGCCUUUGCAAUGCUCCUGGCACCUUUCAGCACGCUAUGAAUCGGAUAUUCCAUGACUACUUGGAUAAGUUUGUCAUCGUGUACCUCGAUGACAUACUUAUUUUUAGUAAGACUGUCGAGGAACAUGUUGCACACUUGGACAAAGUCCUCGGUCUCCUACGACAGCACAAGUUCAAGAUCAACGGUGAGAAAUGCGAGUUUGGCCGCACCUGUGUCUUGUACUUGGGUCAUGAGAUCUCCGCGGAAGGGUUGAAGCCCGAUGACGCGAAGGUGGCCAACAUUCGUGAUUGGCCACGUCCUCAGUCUGUGACUGAGAUGAGAUCUUUCUUAGGAAUGACAGGCUACUAUAGGACUUUCGUUAAGAACUACAACAUAGUGGUCGCUCCUUUGACUGAUCUGACCCGCCUUGACACCCCUUGGGAGUGGACAGAUAAAUGCGAGGCUGCUUUCAUACAUCUGAAGCAUGCAUUGACGCACUACGAAGUCUUGGAACUUCCUGAUCCUGACAAGCCGUUUAUAGUCACAACGGGUGCCAACCAAUAUGGCAUUGGCGCCGUGCUUGGGCAGCAGGAUGGGCCAAAGUUGAGGCCAGUAGAGUACAUGUCCAAGAAAAUGCCGUCUCAUAAGUUGGCUAAGUCCACUUGUGAGAAGGAACUCUAUGCGGUGUACAAGGCUCUCACCCAUUGGAGACACUACCUCCUUGGGCGGAUCUUCAUCCUCCGGACUGAUCAUCAGACCCUGAGAUGGAUGAGAACACAGUCGGUACUCUCUGACGCUAUCAAGCGUUGGAUCGAAGUCAUUGAGCAAUAUGACUUUGAUCCUCAGUAUCUCAAAGGGGAGUACAACAAGGUUGUUGAUGCCUUGUCGCGCAGACCGGACUUCUCAGGAGCGCUGAUUACUGAGUUCGAUCUGACGGACGAUGUGACUCAGUCUUUGGUGGAAGCCUAUCGUCAGGACCAGUUUAUGUCUGAGAUUAUACGCAGACUUGAGGCGAAGGAUAAGAAGACCUCCGCCGAGUUUGAUCUGAAGAAGAAGAAGAAGAAGAAGAAGAAGAAGAAGAAGAAGAAGAAGAAGAAGAAGAAGAAGAAGGAGAUGAAGUCUGAAGAAGAAGAAGAAGAAGAAGAAGAAGAAGAAGAAGAAGAAGAAGAAGAAGAAGAAGAAGAAGAAGAAGAGGGGAGAGAUGGCAGAGGAGGAGAAGGAGGUGAGGAGGAGGGAACGGGACCGUGGAGGGAGGAGAAGAGAUCCUCGCCUCCUGGUACCUGCCCGGCUGCUGUCGAGGCGGCUAUGGCCGCCUGCCAAGCUCAGCUGCUGUCUCAACCACAACAUCAGCAAGCAACAGGGCUCCAGCCUACCCAACCGCCACCUACCUCGGAAGGAGGAACGAGCCCGGCCCAGGACCAGGAAAUGGAACCGGUAUCACUGACUGACGGUCCACAUGUUGCCGGCCCUCUUCCACACCUGGAAGAGAAUCCCGGCAUCCAUCCGGCACUUGACCUAGAUAUGAUAACGGUUUCUCAGGAAGAGGGGUCUGACGAAGGGACGCUUCACCAGGCUCUACAAGAGACUGCAUCAGAGGAAGAAAUGCCUGGGGGAAUGGCGGAAGCUGAAACAAUCCCAUCCCAGGGCAAGCCGGCGCAGACCAAUAUGAUUCGUGACAAGGCCGUAAGAGCACAGUUGAAAGAACUUACUGAUUGGAUACUUCAGAACUCGUUGUCCCCAACUGGUGCACCUAUCUGCGACCUCGUAACUCCAUUGCACUGGGAAAAAUUGCGCCGACGCAUCAUGGCUAAGCAGCAAAUCAAGCAAGCGGUUAACAAAUAUCACAAUAUCGAUGAGAUUGACUGGGGACAGGUAUCGAAAGUUACCAUCUCCACAGUUUCUGCACUGUUCAUGGAGCUCUACAGUAAAACUGCGGGCUCCAGGCUCUCCUCCCAGCUGGUCCAGGCCAGCAGUUCAGGUAUCGUCGGGUCAACGGUCGCGCAGACCGUGAGUCAGUCCACUGGCGUUAUGGCAAGCCAGGCAGCAGUGUUGACCCCAGAGGAUGUCGCCAUCCAGCAAGCAGCCCUGCAGGCACAGCUACAGCGGGCAUUAGGAGAGAGAAAAGCGGAGAAGGAGAAGAUGAUUAGAAGACGAGCCAGGAUGCAGCGGAGAGGGGCAGACAUAGAGGAGUUAGAGACGAUGGACCUGACGAACACGGAUGAUGAUGUGAGGGUAGUUAGGAGGGCCCUGCUAGGAGUAAUAGAGAUGCAGGAGCAUCAGACUACCAUCCUUCAGGAUAUCCAGCAGAGCCUAGCCAUUCUGGCAGGGCGUUCUCAGGCGGCACCAUCACCACCCGGGCUUGGUGCCUGGCCCGUGGCAUAUCCUCCUUUUUCUGUUCCACCGGAGACAGGGGUAUCCCCAUAUGUAGCCCCGUCAUCGGUUGCGAUCGUUUCCCUGGGCAUGCCGCUGUCAGGAGGGGUAUUAGUAGGGACUAGUUUGCAGGUUCCUGUUCAGACAGUGUUCACCCAAACUCCGUCGCAGGUUGCAGUCACCACGCAGCCUGUUGUCUCGCAGCCUGUGCAGCCGCAGGGCACACAGCCCCAGCAGCUAGCACAACAACCUGUAUCACCGGGUCCACAACCCGGAGUGGUGCAGGGACCGAGACAACCACAGUGGGUUCCAAAGACGACCAUCGCUGCUCCGAAACCCUUCACAGGGGACAAGAGAGGCGAAGACCUCGACACAUGGUUGAGGCAGUGCUCUGGGAAACACGUCGGGCCAGUAGGAAUAGUAGCUGUUCCUGCUAGGGUCGAGGUGGUGGAGACGCCCUCACCAUCUCGAGAGAUGGCCCAAGCUACUGACUCCAGUGUCGUCCCGCAAACACAUUCAGACUCAUCGAGCCUCUAUUCGAUGAAUGUGUUCGAGUCCUUAGAGGAGCUAGAGGUGGAGUGGUCUAGAUCAGACAUGCUAGCUUUUUGGACGGCCCUAGUCAAAGCCCUUAAGGGUGAGAUGCUCGUCAACGAGGUUGUCAUUGGCGGCCGCAAGGCCGGGGCCUAUUAUGACACUUGCUCGACUCGGAACUUUAUCAGUCACGCGUGCGUUGAGAGGCUGCGUUUACAAGGGCGAGUGCAGCGCCUGAGUCGACCUGUGGAGUUGACUUGUGCCAACAAACAGCGCAUGGUCGUCAAUGACUACCUCCAGGAUGUAGAGUGUUGUUUCCCGUACGCGGGAGGGGAAUUGAGGCAUCAUGUCUCGUUCCUAGUGAGUGACGAGUUCCCCAUGGAUAUGUUGUUAGGUAUGUACUACCUCUCUGUGGCACAGCCCCAGUUUGACUGGGACCGAAAAGUGGUCAAACACACUUUGCCAGGUGGAGGGACCGCCAGAUUACAUAAGUUCAAAGCUAGUAGUCUAAUUGAGUCCUAUGGGUGCAUGUGUGCGGCCGCGUUCUACAAUUAUUAUAAGCAAAAUCAGGAGGAGGGUAUGUAUUUAGUUUAUGCCUCUGCUGCAGGCGAGCCGGUGAAAAUGCCGCCGGAGAUAGAGGGAGUAGUUGCUAAGUACCCUGAUCUAUUUCAAGAGCCGACAGGGGUUGUUGAGAGGGAGGUCGUCCACGCGAUAGAGAUUAUCCCAGGGUCUAGUAUCCCGAAGGGUAGGAUCUAUCGGAUGUCUCUAGCCGAGCUCGAUGAGUUUCGCCACCAACUCAAGGAACUCGUAGAGAAGGGUUGGAUCCGGCCGACUGUCUCUCCUUAUGGAUCUCCAGUACUAUUCGUACCUAAGAAGAAGGAGGGUACACUUAGGAUGUGCAUUGAUUAUAGGGGCCUCAAUGCCAUCACUAUUAAGAACAGAGAGCCCCUACAGCGCAUCGACGAUUUGCUAGAUAGAGUGCAAGGGUGUCGGUACUUCAGUAAGAUAGAUCUGAAGUCCGGGUACCAUCAGAUUGCAAUCCGGCCCGAGGAUCAACACAAAACCGCUUUUCAGACCAGGUACGGUCUGUACGAGUUUGUGGUGAUGCCUUUCAGCCUUUGCAAUGCUCCUGGCACCUUUCAGCACGCUAUGAAUCGGAUAUUCCAUGACUACUUCGAUAAGUUUGUCAUCGUGUACCUCGAUGACAUACUUAUUUUUAGUACGAUUGUCGAGGAGCACGUUGCACAUUUGGACAAAGUCCUCAGCCUCCUGCGACAGCACAAGUUCAAGAUCAACGGUGAGAAGUGCGAGUUUGGCCGCACCCUUGUCUUGUACUUGGGUCAUGAGAUAUCCGUGGAAGGGUUGAAGCCCGAUGACGCGAAGGUGGCCAACAUUCGUGAUUGGCCACGUCCUCAGUUUGUGACUGAGAUGAGAUCUUUCUUAGGAAUGACAGGCUACUAUAGGACUUUCGUUAAGAACUAUAUCAUAGUGGCCGCUCCUUUGACUGAUCUGACCCGCCUUGACACCCCAUGGGAGUGGACAGAUGAGUGCGAGGCUGCCUUCAGACAUCUGAAACAUGCGUUGACGCACUACGAGGUCUUGAAACUUCCUGAUCCUGACAAGCCGUUUGUAGUCACCACGGAUGCCAGCCAAUAUGGCAUUGGCGUUGUGCUCGCACAGCAGGAGGGGCCAAAGUUGAGGCCAGUCGAGUACAUGUCUAAGAAAAUGCCGUCUCAAAAGUUGGCAAAGUUAACCUAUGAGAAGGAACUCUAUGAGGUGUAUAAGACACUGACCCAUUGGAGGCACUAUCUCCUUGGGAGGUUCUUCAUCCUCAGGACUGAUCAUCAGACACUGAGAUGGAUGAGAACUCAGCCAGUACUUUCUGACGCUCUCAAGCGUUGGAUCGAAGUCAUUGAGCAAUAUGACUUUGACCCUCAAUAUAUUAAAGGGGAGUACAACAAGGUUGCUGAUGCCUUGUCGCGUAGACCUGACUUCUCAGGGAAUAAACGUCUUUGUAUCCCGAAUAGCGAGUCUUUGCGUAGUUUGUUUUUAGGCGAGUGUCAUGAUGCCACCGGCCAUUUUGGGUGUAAGAAGACCGCAGCCAAUCUGCUGCAGCGGUUCUGGUGGCCCACGAUGAUGCCAGAUGCCCAGCUGUACGUGGAGACUUGUGAAGUUUGUCAAACGGACAAGCCACGUACUCAGGCUCCUCUUGGGCUUCUGAAGCCCCUUCCAAUUCCGGAACGGCCUGGUGAGAGUUUGUCCAUGGAUUUCAUGGAUACUCUGAUCACCAGCAAGAGUGGGAUGCGUCACAUCUUCGUCAUCGUGGAUAGAUUUAGUAAGUAUGCUAGGUUAGUAGCAAUGCCGGAAACAGCAAAGACGGAGUAUGUGAUCCGAAUGUUCAAAGAGAAUUGGGUUAGAGACUUUGGUUUACCGAAGUCUAUUGUCAGUGACAGGGAUGUCCGGUUCACCAGCGAGUUGUGGAAGGCCGCUGCUGCAGAGCAGGGAACUCAGUUGCAGAUGACUUUUGGGAAUCACCUAGAGGCCAAUGGACAGGCCGAGCAACUGAACCGCGUUGUACAACACCUGUUGAGGCACUACAUUAAGCCCAACCAGGUGGACUGGGAUGAGAAGCUUGCUCUCAUCGCCAGUUUGUACAACAAUGUUGUACACAGCGCCAUGGGGGUUGGGGACAAAGUCUGGGUUAAGUCCUCAGAACUGGGACAGGAGCACGGUAUCUCCCGCAAGCUCAUGCCACAGUACUUUGGACCCUGGGAAGUCUUGGACAUCGUUGGGACAGAUCCGGAUGGGCCAUCUUAUGUUAUCCGGAUCCCUGGUCAUCUCCGUACUUACCCUGUCUUUCACGCCUCCAAGCAGGCACCUUUCAAAGAGACUGAUCAGUUUCCAUCUCGCCGCUCAAUGCUGCCCCCAACCAUGGACGGAGAGGUGGACAUCGACGACAUCGUGGAUCACAGAGAGCUGCCGGUAUCAAGACCAGCAGGCAGGGGACGUCCUCCGAAACCGAAGCUGAAGUACCGCGUUCGGUUCCGGCAUUACACUGAUCCGAAGGAGGACCGCUGGUUCACCGGGGAAGAACUCAUGCAGACCGCUCCUCAAGUUGCACGUACCAUUACUAAGUACGAGGAGACUCUCAAGAGCCUCCACGCCUGCCUUGACGUGCUGGAGAAGGAUGACGUGCCGCACAGGCACACGGCAUCGUCAAGCAUAGAUCCACGAAUCCGCGAGCUGGAAGAACGACUGGAUCACCUAGUCGCGCUUGUCGGCAAUUUGAACAGUUUCCGACACCCGACAACCAUCAGCCAGCAAAUAGCCGCCCUACAAGCGGACCUGCGUCAACUGCAGCAGCAACCAACUGGGACCUGCAACAAUGUGAUGCCGAAACGAUUCAAGAUGCCGAAGUUCAGCAUCGACAAAUUUGACGACUACCACAAGGCGGACCCCAUCAGUUGGUGGCAAGGGUUCACCAAUGAGCUCUCCAUCCACUUGGUCCCGCUCGAGUCGAAGAUCUCAGCACUUUACCUCUGCAGCACCGGUGCCAGCCAAGUGUGGCUCAAUCACCUAGCUCAAACCGAGGGCGUCGAAGUCUCUAAGCUUCACACCAAGAUCACUUGGGAGGCCAUGACUGAGAAGUGGUGGAAACGCUUCAUCGUCGACGACGCUCAGGGCAAAGGCAUGAACCGGAUCUUCAGCAUGCAUCAAGGCAGCCAGCUAACACGAGAAUGGCUAACCGAGUGGCAGAAAAUCGUGACGAUUCCGAAUUUGGACAUCCCAUUCGUACAUCUUCGUCGCGAAUUCUUCCAGCGGUCAGUUGACGCGUUGAGCAUGGCCCUUGGGGAGCGCAGCCUGUGCACGGACUUCGACCAGAUCGUGGAGAAUGCACGCGAAGUCAUCCAAACCAAUCGGUGGGCAGCCAACGAGCGGCGAAGCCAACUGACUUUGUGGAAAAGGGCAAAGACUCGCGGCCGCAGCAAGUCGCUGCUGUCCAAGCAAGAGCUUGAGUACUUGGGCCACUUUGUGACGCCGCAAGGCAUCAGUCCGCUUGCGGACAAGAUCAAGGCCAUCCAGGAUUGGCCGGAACCGACCAACACCACGGAGGUUCACUCUUUUAUGGGAUUGGCCGGGGAGCUGGAAGCUAUCGAGGACCCCCUGGACCGCCAGGCACUGGAGGAUGAAAAAAGAUUGGAGUGGAAGUUGCGUCUGGCAAGGGAGAAGAAGAGGAGGAGGGAGGAGGCCAACCGGAUGGGCAGAGAAGUGGAAAAGAUACAAUCGUGUAAGCAAGAAGUGGGAGCACAGCAAGAUAUUCCGACCAAACUAGAUAAGAUCUUGAGUUAUCUCGAGAUUUUGGGACAGGCCUGGACUGAGCAGUAUCAGGCUAAUGAGGGCCAAGAGGUGACCCUCCAUUCCAUCCGGACCGGGUUUAGAGAGGUUGCGCGCGUCGUGGUGACCCACGUCGGGACCGAAGUUAAGAGACUAAAGGAAGGCGAAGAGAAGUUCUGUGCAGGCGCCAUUGAAGGCGCCAAGGUAGUGGCCACAGCAGAGGCCGAGACGCCUCCCCGCAAAGAGUCUGUCAAGCCUAAAUUUCCCGACUCUUAUUGCGGGAAAAAGGACGAUAACUUUGAUAAUUGGGAGGCCAGCAUCAACACAUAUGUGUAUUUACAGCAUAUUGCGCCAGAGGAACAAGUCCUCUUGGCCUUCCAUGCGCUGACAGAUGAAGCGGCCAGCUUUGUCUGGUCCCUUGCCCACGCAGCCGAUUGUGAGCACAAUAUGGUUGCGUACUCUAGGCUCACCCCUCUUUCUACAUUCCUCAAACUCCUGCGAGAGAGGUUCACUAACGUCACAAGGGGCGUCAGGGCCUCCGAUAAGCUAAAAACAAUCCACUCCAGGCAGUGGAAGAGUGCAAGAGCACUCAAGGCAGUGAUGGAUGACCUUGUAGCCAUCCCAGACCGUGGGGUCACUGAGACCCAGUUGGUUAACUUAUUUUAUCGUGCCAUGCCAGAGCCCUUGCAAGGGCAUUUCUUUGAUAAAACCCAACAGGCCAAUAUUACGUAUGAUGCGUUAAGUAGGGAAGUGGUCCUGUUCGCGGCAAAGUCCAUGCCAGUUUCCACUUUCUGGCAUAAGGACUUAGACAAGGGAAAGAAGUGGAAGGGACGUACCAUCUCAGGUUGGUGCAAGGUCUUCGUCAAGAUCGAUCUCAAGUCUGGCUACCACCAGAUUGAAGUCGACCCUGCCGACCAGCGCAAAACUGCAUUCAAAACUCGCGAUGGGCUGUACGAGUUUACCGUCAUGCCCUUCGGUCUCACAAAUGCACCGACCACCUUUCGAAGUCUCAUGGACAAGGGGUUCCGCAAUCAAAUCAACCGAUUUGUUGUUGUGUAUUUGGAUGACAUACUAAUCUUCAGCAAGUCGAUGGAGGAGCACAUGAGACAUCUUGAGGAAGUGUUGCAGAUCCUCAAGGAUGCGCAACUUCAUCUCAAUUGGAGAAAUCUGAUUGCUAGAGAAGUGGAAGACGAGAAGUGGAAGACGAGAGACGCGAUUGAAGAAGCAAAGAAGAAGGACGUUGGAGAAUCAAGUGGAGCAAGCGCUGCGCGAUCGAAGAAGAAGGAUAGGAAGAAAAAUAGCAGCGAGAUGGAGCGUAGCGAAGAAAGGAUUAAAUCAUGGAUAUCAAGUGAAUUCGGGACAUCUUUGAGGAGGAUCAAUCAGAAACUGGACGAGACUGAAAAGAUGAACAAGAAGAUUGUAGAACUCGAAGGUGAAGUGAAAGGAAAGGGAAAAGUGAAGGAGAGUGGGAGCAGUGAAAAGAGGAAGAGAGCAGUGAAUUCACCUGCAUUCAGCAAGGUGAAGUCGAAGUCACGAAGUGGAGGGGUAAGAGUGCGACAGCCCCGUAUCAUGAUAUCCUCUGACGAGGAGGAUCAAAAAGAGAAAGGGUUGAGUAAUAAAGUGGGUGGCGCAAAGAAAGACAAUGAUGGAAAACUGGAGGAGAUCCUAUCUCUACUUGGCGCGCUCGUCCAGAAGACCAAUGUUAAGGAGGAGGAAGGGACCAACGCUGGGGAUGAGGAAGGGAAUACGGUGAAGAUUGAAAAGAGCACGCAAGAAAAGGAAAACGAAAAGUCGAACGAGGAGAAGGAAGAUAGCGAGGCAAGUGAUUCCGCCACGGAUGUUGAGGAACAAGGGAAGGCGAGGGAUGGAGACGUGAUCGAGUAUAUGAAAGAUAGACUCGAUCACUACAUGGGUUUGACGUACAAGGAAGUUUGUGCGCUCUGCACGAAGCGGGAUCUGAAGUGUGCAAGGAAGGAUAAGGGAGCCUGGGAACUAGCCAAGCAAGAUAUGGAACAAUUCACGAAGCUCGUCAACAAGGUGGAUGAUGACGACACCGAUCCUUCCAAACCUUCAGACGAUGAUGAUGCCACCCAGCGGUCCGACGAUGAAGACAAUGUUGCGGGAAAUUGAUCGAAGAGAGCGUGGUUAAGAGUCCUUCGACGCUUGAAGAAUCAGCUAGAGAGUGAUUGCUCGAGGAAUCACGACCAAGGGAUACACAAAGAGCUCGAAAUAUUACUUAGGAUCGUGGUCAUUUGGGGAUGUUUGAACCGUUGUAUUCGAUGGGGCAAUACGUACCUGAAGUAUUGGUUAAUACUACAGCCUGUUGAUCUACCGAAAUUACUAGAUGGGGAGAGUUGUGUUUAUGUUAUGAUUUCUCCAUUCUUUAAAGCCACUUACGUAGGACAGACAGGGAGCCGAGUUGAGGAAAGAUGGAGGGAACAUCGUAGGGAUGCAGGAAAGGCCGUUUCUAAAGUUCACAAGUGGCUUUACAAACAGGGAUGUUAUUCAUACACGAUGAUCCCAAUAUGGUUCGGAGAAAAGGAUGAUUUGAAGAGAGUGGAGAUGCAGAUCAUUAACAGCGAAAACCCCGGUUUGAACUCGAGAAAACAAAAGCCACGAUCAAGA